AUGGCGCAGCAGGGCACUCUGCUGCCCGCCACGGCGGGUGCAGCGCGCCCCGCCGCGGCGGAGCUGAUCGGUACGUCGCUGGCGCGGCUGGUGAAGCUAUGCGGGCGCGAUAAGAAGCUGGCGCCCGUGGCCGCGGCGGCCAAGGAGCUGCAGGACCACCUCAAUGAGGUGCUUGGUCCCGGCGCGGGGGCGAUCAGCGACGCGGCGGCCCUGGCGGUGCUGCGCGUGCUGCGGCUGGCGAUCACGGCCGGCAAGCCGCCGCUGGUGGAGGUGUCCCUGGACCUUAUGCACAAGCUGAUCGCGCUGCGAUUCCUGCAGGGCGCGGCCCACUCUGUCGCAGCCGAGCGCGACGGCGGCGAGGGCAAGGGCGAGAAAGGCAGGGCCGAGGAGGCGGAGGGGGCCGCAGGCGGCAGGGGCGGCGCGGGCAGCGUGUCGGAUGUGCUGGCGCAGACGCCGCAGGCCGUCGCGGUGGAGCUCAUCUGCAGGUGUGACGAGAUCCCUGACGAGGGCGUGGAGGUGCUGGUGCUGCGGGGCCUGCUGACCGCCACCACCUCCACCACAUUCUCGCUGCACGGCCAGGCGCUGCUGCUGGCGGUGCGCACGUGCUACAACAUCCACCUGAUGAGCCGCAGCGAGGUCAACCAGACCACCGCCAAGGCCAGCCUCACGCAGAUGCUCAAUGUGGUGUUCCAGCGCAUGGAGGCAGACAGCAUGAUGGUGCAGGUGAAGCCCAUUGCCGUGGCGGACAUGCUGUCGCUGGCCAAGGGCGGCAUGGCCGCCCCCCAGGACGCGUCGGGCGUGACUCCAGCAGUGCAGAACUUCCUCAACAGCGUCAUCUCCAUGACGGGGUGCGCACGGCUGAUGCUUGAAUUGGCAAGCCGAGGGACAUACCCGUCGUGGCGGCAGUACGGAGGCCCAACGGCGCAGCAGCAGGCCGAUGCGCUGCGCAGCAGCGUGGCCGCACAGUUCACGGAGCAGCAGGGCGAAGGCGGUGCCCCUGGCGGCCCCUCGGCCGCAACCCCCUCACAGCCGCCGGGCCCCCCGCCGCAGCUCGCGCCCCCCUCGCCGCCGCCGCCGACCGCGGCUGCUGAUGAGGGCGGCGCCGCAGCGGCCGCGGCUGGCCCCGCCGGCGCCAGCAGUGCCAGCAGCGAGGCCAGCGAGGAGGACGACAGGGAGCGCUUCAAGCUGGCGGCGGCCCCCGCGCGCGCAGCUGCCAGCGACGCCCAGGGCAAGGCCGAGGGCGGGGGCGGCACGGCUCAGGGUCAUUCGUCGCACCACUCGGCGGGUCUGCUGCUGAAGGAUGCGUUCCUGGUGUUCAGGGCGCUGUGCAAGCUGUCCAUCCGCACCAGCGACAGCGCCACGGUGCUGGACCCCACGGCUGCGCGCGGCAAGCUCCUGGCCCUGGAGCUGCUCAAGGUGCUGCUGGAGAACAGCGGGCCCACCUUCAGGGGCAGCGAGAAGUUCACGGCGGCGAUACGCCAGUACCUAUGCCUGAGCCUGCUGAAGAACAGCGCCUCAUCCAUCCCGGCGGCCCUCCAGCUCAGCGCUUCCAUAUUCCUCAGCCUGCUCCUGCGGUUUAGGGCUGCACUCAAGGCAGAGGUGGGCGUGUUCUUCCCCAUGAUCCUGCUCAAGUGCCUGGAGCCACCCACACCCGGCAGCGCCGCGGCGCCCGCCGCCUCGGCCCCGGGGGGCCCAGCGAUCAACAGCUACAGCUACAAGGUGGUGGUGCUGCGCUGCCUGCGUGAGGUGUGCUGCGAGGGCCAGCUGCUGGUGGACCUGUUUGUGAACUACGACUGCGACCUCAACAGCUCAAACAUAUUCGAGAGGCUCAUCAACGGACUGGUCAAGAUGGCCCAGGCGCCCCUGACCCAGGGCGCCGACCACACGGCGGUGCAGCAGGAGCAGUGGCUCAGGCAGGAGGCGCUGCAGUGCCUGUCGAGCGCCGCGGAGGGCCUGCUGACCUGGUACAACGCGGCCACACAAGGACAGCUGGGCCACGACGAUGCCGGGUCGGACGAUGACGAGGCGGCGGCAUCGCAAUCGGGAGCUCCGCCGCGGCCCCCGCGCGUCGCCACCCCCACCGCGGCGCCGGACCGCGACGGCGCCGCUGACGCCCUGUCCGCCGGCGGGACCGCGGCGGGGGCGGCGGGCAUGCCCGCGGCGGGGCCCGUGAGCGGCGACGCGCUGAGCCGCAAGCGCGCGCUGAAGGAGAAGUGGCACGAGGGGGUGGCUCUGUUCAACAAGAAGCCCAAGAAGGGCAUAGCACUCCUGCAGUCCGAGGGCAUGCUUGGCCCCAGCCCCGAGGACAUUGCCGCGUUCCUGGCCAAGACGGAGGGCCUGGACAAGACCACCAUAGGGGACUACCUGGGGGAGAGGGAGGACAUGGCACUCAAGGUCAUGCACGCCUACGUUGACGCGAUGGACUUCAGCGCCCUCGAGUUUGACACCGCCAUACGCACCUUCCUGCAGGGCUUCCGCCUGCCGGGUGAGGCCCAGAAGAUUGACAGGCUCAUGGAGAAGUUCGCGGCGCGCUACAUCAGCUGCAACCCCGGCAG